GCGGGGCCCGGCUGAUGCGGGAGGACACGGUGUGCCCAGCUGGGACAGGGGCAGGGCCAGCAAAGGGCAUCUGCCCCUCUGGGCUCUGCUCGGGGAGGCCGUGGCUGGGCCUGCACCACUUGGGGGCUGCAGUGCCCGCAAAUGGGCUGGAGCCGGGCACUGCCACCACCCCAGCACUUCCCUGGGCCCAGCCCUUGUGUGCCAGGGCCAGCAUUGCCCAGUGCUCCCCAGUGCCUGCCCAGACUGGAGAUCCCAGUCACCCGCCUGUGCCCAUUGCCCGUCAGCCCCUUUAUCUCCCAGCUCCCUGUUUCCCUGAUCCCGGGCUCCUGGUGCCCCAAGAAGGGGCCUCAGCCAGCGCUGCCCAGGCCCAGAGGAAGAUGAAGGUCGCUGUGCUCAGCGUGGCCCUGCUCUUCACCAUCCUGCUGAGCCCCCCGGCAGAUGCCAAGCCCAUUGAGGUCGACAGCGUCCAAUGUGGGGAGGCAGGCAUCAUCGGCGGCCCGCCAAUCUCGGGACAAGGAGGAGGUGGAUGUGUCGGGGGAGGCAUGGAUGUCCAUCGAGUGAAGAGGUCUGAGUCCCCCAUAGUUGACCUGGUGGAGCUGAUGCGCCAGUGAUGCUCGGCUGCCUCUCUGCAUGUCCAGGACUGGAAGUGGUGGUGACACCCGUGUCCUGUCCCCCUCCAGCGGCAUGAGGAGAUGAUCAUCCCUGGAGGACCCCCCUGAUCCCCUGGGUGCCCUGGCAAUUUCCCUGCAAGAAUCAAUAAACCCCUGCAGCAAAACAAA